GGGGGGAGCUGGGGGAGGCGGAGCGCAGGCCUGGGAGGAGCCGCGGCCUGCAGUGGAGCCGCAGCCCGGAGCAGCAGCCGCGGGAGCGGCGGGGCCUGGAAAGACUCAGCGCCGCCCGGCCGGGGUCCCCCGCACAGGAGCCUGGGGAGCCCUCCGGGACGAAGCCGAGGCCCGGCAGAAGGCGGUGGAGGCGGCUGCUCAGCCCCACGCAGGCCCGAGAGCCGCCGCGGCCUCCCGUGGCAGCCGGGCCCGGGCAAGAGGACCUGGGGCCUGGGGGGAAGCCAGGGACAGCCUCUGCGCAGCCGGGGUGGGGGGACACCACUCUAGCCUGCGGGGUGGGAAGGAGACCCUCCGCACCCUUCUCCUGCUCCAUCCGCAGCCGCGAAGAGACACCCCGUUAGGCAGCCCCGCUUCCGGCUGGGGGAGACACCCUGGUGCCCCCUCGCAGCCUCCUCCCGCACCGGCCGGUUGGGAGAGCCGCUCGCUAGCCCCCUCCCCUGCUAAUUAGCUGGGGGGAGCUUAACACCUGCCCUCUUUCUCACUAACUAGGCAAGGGGGACAGGGGUCCCGGCAGUAAGCGCUGAUAGUUAGAAGCAGAUUUACUCUUCCAUACUGUGGGACACCCCCCCUCCCCCUGGAGCUCCUUUAGUACCUAUUGAGGGAAGAAGUGUUCUCAGUCCCCAAAUUUCUGGGGGUUGUGUGAAUCAUCUUUACCACCUGCUCUCCCCCCCCCCCCCCCCAUAGCUACUGGGUGAGAAAAAUUCCUCCCUCAAGCAGAGGAGACACCCCUUCCCCAGCUGUUCCCCAGACCCAGCCAGAUAGUAAGUGGGGAGUCUCCACAAGAACAAGAGGCAGUCCCCAAAAGAGAAAUCAGCGGGACCCCCCCCCCACACACACACACACACACUUACCUAGUAAUUUUAAUUAUUUACAUCUGGUCAGCAGACAGCAGAGAAAAAAAAAACAGGCACGGAUUUAGGUGCUCUCCCCUUUCCAGUUGCUGUUAACCACUGGAGAUAAAGGUAAUUUCCAGUACUGAUCUGGUCCUCCUUCAUCCCAAAGAAUAUCCCUCAUUCCCUAAACCAAGAGGGUUUUCUCCAAAUAACCUGUGCAAGGAGGGAAGAUAUACCUCCCAGUUAUAGGGGAGGAAAAAGGCAGAUUUUGCUGAUAAUAUCCACGGAGUUAGCAAGAAUUCUUUCAGAGAUUUGGCUUAAGGACGAGGUGUACCUGCAGGAGAGAGAAGAGAGACUUCCAGGUAGGGAGACUGCGGAAAUUGCUCUCUGACAAUCAGUGAAGAGAAGAAAAUGCUAUCUCCCAGGGGAAUUCCCCUUUGGUAGUUAGCUGCUAAAAGAGAGAGAGCAUCUCCAUCCUGGAAUAAAACUAGCAGUUUUAGGGGGCUGACAAUCCCAAGCAGAUCAUUUUAGCACUCAAGAUUCUGAUUUCAUCCACAAUCCCCUUGCCCUCCAAAUCUUUCCUGAAGAAGCUCUUGGAGUUGCUUGACAGCAACGUCAGCAUUCUGAGGAUGGGGCUCACAGGAGUGUGAAGGGCAGCACCCCAGAAAUCAGCACUGAAGAUCCAUCUUCCUCCAGAAAAUCUUCCAGAAUUUGGAUCAGUGGUUGGCUGUCAUCUUUACAUAUUUCUGACCUGUCUUGACUUGGGGUUGUACUGGAACCUAGUUAGUGCUUGAGAAAUGAAGAAACUACAGUCUAUUUCCAGCUCUUGAAGAUGAUUAUGACAGGCUACCUUAACCUUGUUUUUUACAUGUACAAAGAUACUCCAGCUUCCACCAUCAUGGCCUCUGACCUGGAAAGCAGCCUCACUUCCAUAGACUGGCUCCCACAGCUUACUUUAAGGGCUACUAUUGAAAAACUAGGGGGGUCCUCACAAGCAGGACCCCCAGGGGCUGCCCGAAAGUGUCCCCCAGGUUCACCGACAGAUCCCAAUGCCACCUUGAAUAAAGACGAGGCUGCAGUGCACCAGGAUGGGAAGCCACGUUACAGCUAUGCCACUUUGAUCACAUAUGCCAUCAACUCAUCACCUGCCAAGAAGAUGACACUCAGUGAGAUCUACCGUUGGAUCUGUGACAACUUUCCAUACUACAAAAAUGCGGGGAUUGGUUGGAAGAACUCUAUUCGUCACAACCUCUCUCUGAAUAAAUGUUUUCGGAAGGUGCCUCGACCAAGGGAUGAUCCUGGGAAGGGUUCGUAUUGGACCAUAGAUACCUGUCCAGAUAUAUCUCGCAAGAGGCGGCAUCCUCCAGAUGAUGAUAUACCACAAGACUCCCCAGAGCAAGAGGCAAGUAAAAGCCCGCGAGGGGCUGUUCCAGUCAGCACGGAAGCCUCUUUGCCACCUGAGGCUACCCCUCAGCUAUCACUCCAGAGCACCACUUCCAUUGCCAACUACAGUCAGGAUCUUAGCUGGUCCUUCCGAAAUCUCUACAAAUCCAUGCUGGAGAAGUCAUCUUCCUCUCAGCACGGUUUCUCUUCUCUCCUUGGUGACAUGCAGCCCUCCAACCACAACUACUACAUGUACCAGCAGCAGCAGCAGGGCCCCUCAUCAGUGGGUGGUGGUCCCCCACUCCACACCCCAACCCCAGAGGGUUGCCCAUCCCAAGGAGGAAAGCAGCAGGGUGGUGAAGGUUAUGGCCCUCCACCAGUGAUGUCCAUGCACCCACCCCCAAUGCAGCAUGGAGGCUACCACCAGCAUCAACAACACCACCCACACUCCCACCCACAGCAGCAGCCACAUCAGCACCAGCAGCAGCAGUCACAGGCUUCAGUCAACAAUGCUGGCUUUGCAUUUCCCCCUGAUUGGUGCUCCAACAUUGAUUCCCUGAAAGAAAGCUUCAAGAUGGUAAACCGGCUGAACUGGUCUAGCAUUGAGCACUCCCAGUUCUCAGAGUUGAUGGAGAGUCUGCGCCAGGCUGAGCGGAAGAACUGGACGCUGGAUCAACACCAUAUUGCCAACCUCUGUGACUCCCUCAAUCACUUCCUUACCCAGACUGGUCAGCUUCCUCACCUGGUCGGCCCACAGCAGCCCCCCCGAAUCUCUGAUUCUUGUGCCCUGAACAGUGGCAAGCAGGAGCAGUCCAUGAGCCAAGUGAACUCCUAUGGUCAGCCCCAGCCUCCCCAUCUCUUCUCCGGGCCGUCUCCUAUGUACCAGAUUUCUACCCAGGACUCUCCAGGAUAUAAUCGCCCAGCUCACCAUCUGGUCCCUCGGCCUCCAGGACCUCCUCCAGGCGCCAAUGAGGAAAUCCCUGAUGAUUUCGACUGGGACUUGAUCACCUAGGGAGUUACAGACUUGAGAGCCUGUCCUUCAUGAAGGACAUGGGAGGGAAGGGGGACGUGGGGUGAAUGGUGUCAGCACUGCCUUCCCCAGCCUCCCUGCCUUGCCUGUACAUAGAUAUGUAUUCUCUAACUCUGCCAGAGAAGCCACCGCAAGAUGCUGCCGAAGAUAAUCCUUCCUUGCGUCCUGUUUAUCUUCUUUUUCUUCUUUUGUUUAUUAUUAUUAUUAUUAUUAUUAUUAUUAUUAUUACCAGUAAUUGAGCACAGCCCUCCCCCUCCUCUGGUGGCCUUGGACGCAUCAGAUCGGAUCUUUCGUGUUGCGUGGUGCCCUGCGGAGGGUGGAGUGAUGGCUCCUUGGUGCCAUGAAAAGACCUCGGAAGGCUGAAUCCUCGAGUGCAUCUUUCUCUGCCUCCAUCAUUUUGCGUUUAACAAUCCCUCUUUCCCUUCAAGGUGGCCGGUGAAUCUGUCGUAUUGGCUACUGGAGUGAGGGAGCCUAGUGGACCCUGGGAGCCUGUAAUUAUGUUGUUUCUUAUAUGUUGUAAAAGUCAGGGGAUUAAAGGGACACUGGAGGGGUGAUCUUAGCUCUGUGAACUUUCUUGCACCAGCAGGAAAAAGCAAGGAAAGAAGUAGAGAUCCCAAUUACAAAGAGAGGGCAAUCUCUGAGGUAGGGAGAGCUGGACUGAGCUGAGAGUGUGGAGAAAAGAGAAUCUAUAGCAGAGAGGACAUUUCAGCAGAGAUGGGUUUCAGAAUGCAGUGCCAUUUAUGAGAACCUAAAGAGAUUUUGAGGGAAUCCUGAUCUGUUUUCUACACUGUUGUUUGCAGUUUCCAGGAAGGUGAAGCCUAUGUACCUAUCAGGUUAGAGAAGCUCAGCAGGUGUCUUUUGUACCAGCAGUUGGGGGAGGCCAUAUGUGAUUCAUCAAAUUCUGUUCCCCAGAGCUUUUAAUUUUACCCCAACCCCCUCAAGCCCUCCUUCAAAAUAGGCAGUGAGACUCUCAUCUGCAUAUGCAAAUCAGAAAGUUCUCUCAUACCAUCAGUAUUUCUUUGGUUAUUAUUUGGCCCUGUCCCUCUCUUAUUUCUUUGGAGACUGUCCUUGCCUGUGGUUUGAGAAUGCCAGCAACAGUUUUGCCUGCAUAGAUACAAAUUCUCAGUCAUUGGUACCCAUUUGGUGAAUGGGCUAAAGGUGGAAAGAGGAAGCUGCUACUCAGAAUGGAGGUGAAUUAGAGGACUUCUGCUCAAGGGGCUGGAGCCCUCCAGUCAAGUAAUUGGGAGACCUUCACAAAUGAUAUGUUUGUAAGAGAUGCAUUAGAAGAAGGAAGAAAAGUGGAGGAGAUUUUUAAACUGAACAGCAAAGAAGUAGAAUAUAAAGGGGAGGAGGGUGAGUCAGACCCCUUGCAGUUAAGCUGGGGAGAUGAUGGAAUAGAUUGUAGGCCCUUAAGGAUGGGUUCUUGUCAGCACUUGCAAAGCAGGAAGGUGGAAAAGGUGUGGAAGCAGGAGUGAGGGUUGAGAUGCUUCCUCCCCUAAGCUGUGUCCUCUGUUCCCCUCUUUCUGGUAUGGUUCUGCUCUAUCAAACCUCGUUUCCUCUUUGUAUUUUGUAAAGCCUCCCCCUGCCCUUAUUCCCUAUUUACCAGUGAGGGGAACCAAGAUGGAAGUAAAACAUCCCAUAGGGGCUUGACAUGCCUGGGACAGGGGAGGUAGUUUAGCAUUGCUUUUUGAAUUCGCUGUAGGGAUAAACCAAUUGGAUCUUUGUCAGGGAAGUAGACAGAGUCUCAUUGGAUGGGGGGGAGGGGGGCAUUUUUUUUCUUUUUUUUUUCUUUUUCUUUUCUUUUUUUUUUUUUUUUUAAGUGUGUGUGUGUUGGGGGGGGGGAGUUUGUCAUUGAGUGUUUCCAAGAGAAAUGAGGAAUCCUAGAGCCAACUUCAGCAUGGAGUCAGCUGUUACCUCUGCUGCUCAGGAUGGGAAUGAUACAACUUGGAAGCAUGUGUGAUUGGGUUUCUCUGGAACAUGGCACCAGAGACAGCCUCUCUUAGGUGCCAGUUAGUGUUUUGCAGAGGAUGUUACGGAAAGCCAGCCCUGUGGAAGACUGAAAACACCACCUGGAAGAAAAACAAACCAAGAUGGCUCUUUCUGCAUAGCCAAGUGCUCCUCAUUUGCAUAUUUGCCCAUUUGCAUAUUUGGUUGCGCCUCAUUUGCAUAUGUAAAUAUAUGCCGGUCAGUGUGCAAAUUAGCCUCGUUCCUCUGCCCUUGAAAUAAAUGCGCAUGGUUAGCAUGUGGGAAGGCAUCCAUUUGGACGUGGAGCUCUGCACUGCAAGCUGGUAACAGCCUGCUGGGAGCAAAAGGAUGUGGCCUGCAGAGAUCGGCUUGCCAGUGUUCCUGCGUGCCCUUCCACUGUGGUGUGGCCCACAACGCUUUGUGUCAGUGGUCAGGAAGAGAGGGGCAUGGUCUCACGAGUUUAUUUUUGUGCAUGCUUUCUUAAUAAAAAGAAAAAGUGAAUGUUUAUGGUUUAA